GAUGAUGGGCCGGACGAACACAAGUGCUGCUUCUCGGCCGGUUGGCCCAACCAGAUCUCGCCGCCGUCCCGUCCAUCGCCGUCGCCGCUCCUUGGUGGGCGCGGGGCCUUCCUCUCCUCCUCCUCCUCCGCCCACGCCGUCGCCGCCGUCAUCCUCAUCGCCUUCCUCCUCCUCACGCUGCUCUCCCUCUCCACCUCCAUCUACACCCACAUCCCACCACCACCUGUAGCAGCAGCAGCAGGGCCAUGAAGACCAAUAGGAGUCCUCCGCUCCGGCGACCGCUCCUCGCCGCCCCGCGCCCCUUCCACCUCCUGAUGCGCAGCGCCAUCGACGCCUUCCCCGCCGUCCAUUUCGCCCGCUUCGGCCGCCCCGUCACCGGCGGCCUGCCCUCCGCCUCCUGCGCAGCACCAGGACCACCGAGACCGUCUUGGUCUUGGUCUUGCAGGAGAAGCUCUUCUAGGCAAAGCACAGCAACCUGCAUUACCUGAAUGAGUUUCAGGGGCUGAGGAAGGAAGACAGCAAGUGGUUCUUGGAGUUGAAAAAAAAGGCUCAACGCCGGGGUCCAUGCGAGAGCUGGUCGGCAGGGCGGUCUUCCUCUUCCUCUUCCUCAAGGGGAGGGAGAAGAAGAAGGCCGAGGUGCUCCGGUGAUCCAUUUUCCGGCAUGAGAUCAGCUGCAACUUUCGACGGAGAUCUUCCAGCAUGUGGGGGACUAGUUGAUGAGGCAUUAUGGAAGACAUGCAUCAGUUUGAUUAGACGCGCUGCUUAUUUGACAUUCCGUUCAGCCAAAAAGACAAAGCAGGGAUCCUCUUGGCUAUUUAGCUCUUUCAUGACUUUGUGUCUCUCCACAGCACAUUUCAACAUGUCACUGGUACACAAUUUAUAGCCUUUUCAUCUACGUAGGCGUUCUGUGCAGCUACUCUUUAAAUGGGCGCACACAAGUACAAGAUUUUUUGAGUCCUGUGGCAGAUAGGCAUUUGGUUGAUUAGACGUGCUGAUUAGUUGACAUUCCAUUCGGCCAAAGGACAAGGUGGCGUAACCAACAACAAUUCUGCCCUUUCUAGGAGGAAUCCUGAAAAGUGUUGUACUACCAAACUCAGCAAGUAGUACUUCUCACUGGAUUGCUCUUUGCAGGACAUGAUGAUGCAUGUAAAGAUUGUCAUCUAAGUAAGUUGCUCAUGUCUGCUCUGCUAGAGUGGUUAGCACCUGAUGCCUUUGCAGGUAGCCAUUAUUGGAAAUUGGUUGUAUUUUUCUAGGACCUGCUGAUUUAUUCCAGAUAAUGUUAGAGGUUUGUUCUGCCAAAUCUAGGAUAUAACUCAGUUCUAUGCUCUCCCUGGGAAGUUUAAACUUAAAUUUAGUAAUGCUCGGUAUCGAAGUAGUUCUGUUGUUACUUGUAUCAGUCUAGUCUGUGCAUUGAAAUUUCUCUCUUCCUUCCUUGAAACUGUGUACUUAAGUUGAGUGAUGCUACUGCUGAGUAUGAAAGGUAUCUUAUUAUAGGCUCCAGGACAUGGGAAUCAAAUGAAAGAGGGCGAGACCCAAGAGGCGCUCCACUCACUAGUCUGCACUGGAAGCAAGCAUCGGUAUAUGUGGAAAAAGCUGGAGAUGCAAAGGCAAAGCAAAGCAAAGCUCCCAGGAAAGGAGAAAGGUGGCUCCACUGCACUGCAUGGCAUGGCUGUUGCAUGGAGUAAAAGUGAAACCAACUAAGCAAAUCUCACUCACUCACCCAGCAAGUCCAACUGUACUGUGGCCAUCCUACAUGUGCCCCAUGUGCGCAGCAACUACAUGUCCCCGUAUGACUUCCAUUCUUUCUUACCCAACACUCCUCUCCUCCUACCAGGCAGGCAGCAGGCAGGGCCUCAUUUACAAAAGGGCUCGGCCCCUUCUGAACCCAGAGCUAGCUAGGGAAGACGAAGCAGCAGCAAGACCUGAUAGUCAGUGAUAAUCCAUCCAGGAGCAGCAGCAGCAGUGUAGGUUGAUCAGACUGUACACACACACACACACACCCAUACAUGUCGUUGGAGGAUCCACGGAGCGCGAUGGAGGGGAGGGCGAGGCGGCGCGCCAGCCCGUCCGGGAUGCGCACCAAGGCAGUCAGGGUGGAGCCGGAGCCGCCGCCGCCGACCAGGAGGCACGAGCCAGGGACGAGGGCGGCGGUGGUGUACUACCUGUGCCGGAAUCACCACCUGGAGCACCCGCACUUCAUGGAGGUGCCCCUCGCCUCCCCGCAAGGCCUCUACCUGCGAGAUGUGAUUGGCCGGCUGGACGCCCUGAGAGGGAAGGGCAUGGCAGCCAAGUAUUCCUGGUCCUGCAAAAGGAGCUACAAGACUGGGUUCGUGUGGCACGACCUUUCUGCGGAUGAUCUGCUGCUGCCCACGCAAGGAACAGAGUACGUUCUCAAGGGCUCCGAGCUCCCGUUCGACCACUCAAAGCCCCUGCCAAUGCCAGAUCAUCAGCAGAAUAAUGCAGCAUGUGCAAAGGUUCAGCCCUGCAAGCCGGCUCGACAACAAGAGUCGCCUCCUUCUCCUGGAUCAUCGAACCAAGGGUGGACUUCCAAGUCUCCGUCUCCUACUCCUACAACUUACCCUGCAGUUCCAGUCAUCAAAGAGGAAGUACCGCCGCCGCCGCCACCACCACCACCAUCAACAACAACAACAACAGCUCGUGCAGCUGUUGUUCCAGCCAUGAAAGAGCACGCGGUGCCACCGCGACUUCUCCAGCUGGUCUCGCUGUCAUCACCAUCUGCAUCCACCACUGGGGAUGAAGAGCAAUGCAGAUUGCCACCACAUUCAGGCUCCUCGAGCAUCUCCUCCCCCAAGACAAGCAUGGCUUCCUCAGAUACAAGCUCACCCAGCCCUCCCAAACCCGCAGCGGCAGGGAGCGACGCGGCCACACAGACGGAUGAUAAAGCGCGGUGGGACGACGUGAAGCUGCAGCACAGACAGGGCACAGCAAGAGCAUCAUCAUCGCCGGAAGGGCCGGAGAUCGUCGUGGACGAGGAAUCCCGUUGCACGCGUGCGCCCGCAGGGGAGGACCAGCCUCGCAGCAGGAGGAGCGGGACCCUGCAGUCUCUGAUACGGGCGGAGGCGGCCGGCAGGAGGAGGUGCCUUCCUCUGCCGGUGGAGGACGACAGGGCUGCUGCUGCUGCUGCUGCUGCCACGGGCGGCUCCGUCAGCGGUAGGCUGAAGCCGGCCAACCUGCUGAUGCGCCUCAUGGCCUGCGGGCCGAGCCACCCCGGCGGCUUCGGCUUGGUGCAGACGUCGUCGUACAAGCCGUGUUUCCCGCAGCUCGAGUACCCGGCGUCUCCGGAGCUGUCUCCUCUCGGCGCACUGAAGCCCGCAGAAAAUUGCAGUGGCCGCCUGCUCGACAGUGCACUUAAACGCUCUUCUUCUUCGUCGCGCAGUCACCAGGAAGGAGUUAUCUGCGAAGAAGAAGAAGCGUGGCCGAAAGGGUUUAACAACAACCUGUCGAGAAGCGCGAGCAAGAGGACGAGCGAUCCGUCGUCGGGGAGGACGGCCUCUUGUUCAAAGGCGGUGUCGUUCCGGGACGAAUAGGCGACGAAGAUGGAAGAAAUUAAGGAAGGAACGCUUCAGGAGCUCAUCCACUGCAUAAUGAAUUGCUUCAACAAACUCAGCAGUACGUCCGGUUUGGAACUGGAUGCAGCUAUUCUUCUUCUUCUUUUCUUGUGUCUGUGAAUUUAGUGCGGAUCGGAUGUAAUAAACAGCACAAGAUGUUGUCGACUCCCUCCGUUCCUGAUUCUUGUUGUUGUUUGGACUAAAACCACCAUGACAAGAAUUAUGGAACGGAGGGAGUAGCUAGUUAUGUAUGUUGGCAGUUGGUUGUUACAGAAUGUAGCAGGUAGUACUAUAGGUAUAUAUGUUGGUAGUAACUUGUUGUUGUGAAAAUAAUAAUGGAAAUGUUGUUUGUUGUUGUACUAGUAAUGAAGUUUUUUUUCUUUUGAAAA